CUCUCUCUCUCCUCUCUAAGUUCGAUGUGAUCGGCUCUGGGCCCUGCCGUGAGUUCUCGGUGCGGGCGACAGCGCUGCUGAACAUGGCGUCAGACGGGAUGAUUUUAACGAACCACGACCACCAAAUCCGGGUUGGAGUCCUGACAGUGAGUGACAGCUGUUUUCGAAACCUCGCAGAGGACCGCAGUGGCGUCAACCUCAAAGAUCUCGUCCAUGAUCCCUCCCUGUUGGGGGGGAUGAUCUCGGCCUACAAGAUAGUGCCAGACGAGAUAGACGAAAUUAAGGAGACUCUGGUGGAUUGGUGCGAUGAAAAGGAACUUAACCUCAUCCUAACAACAGGAGGCACAGGCUUUGCACCGAGAGAUGUCACGCCAGAGGCCACUAAGGAGGUGAUAGAGCGCGAGGCUCCGGGGAUGUCUCUUGCUAUGCUGAUGGGAUCUCUCAACGUCACACCGCUAGGCAUGCUGUCCAGACCUGUGUGUGGUAUCAGAGGGAAGACGCUCAUCAUCAACUUACCAGGAAGCAAGAAAGGCUCCCAGGAAUGCUUCCAGUUCAUCUUGCCAGCGCUGCCGCAUGCCAUCGACCUACUUCGGGACGCAGUGGUGAAGGUAAAGGAGGCUGCAGACGAGCUGGAGGACCUGCCAUCGCCACCACCGCCUCUCUCGCCGCCACCCAACAGUUCGCCGCGUCGCCAGACAGAGGACAAGGGCGUGCAGUGCGAGGACGAGGACGAGGAGAAGAAAGAUAGCGGAGUGGCAUCCACUGAGGACAGCUCGUCCUCCCACAUAACAGCCGCAUCCAUCGCCGCCAAGAUCCCAGACUCCAUUAUUUCGCGGGGUGUGCAGGUGUUGCCCCGGGAUACAGCCUCUCUCAGCACCACGCCCUCAGAGUCGCCCCGUGCCCAGGCUACCUCCCGCCUCUCUACCGCUUCCUGUCCCACACCCAAAGCGCGGCUCCCCUCCUGUUCAUCUACCCUAAGCAUUGCUGAGGCCUCACGGAGAGAAUUCAGGGCUCACCUGGAUGAGGUCAUCACGCUCAAGUCAAGGUACUCUACCUUGGACCAGCUCCAGUGUAGGUUGGAGGGGCUUAAAGAUGAUCGCAGGAGGACCUUCAGCUCUCGAGUGCAGUCACGAUGCAGCAGCAAAGAAAAUAUCCUACGAUCAAGUCACAGUGCGGUGGACAUCACCAAGGUCGCCCGAAGGCACCGCAUGUCCCCCUUCCCCCUCACCUCCAUGGACAAGGCCUUCAUCACUGUGCUGGAGAUGACCGCCGUCCUGGGCACUGAGAUCAUCAACUACAGAGAUGGGAUGGGUCGAGUCCUGGCUCAGGACGUUUAUGCCAAAGACAACCUGCCUCCCUUCCCUGCUUCUGUUAAGGAUGGUUAUGCUGUGAGAGCGGCUGAUGGCCCAGGCGACCGCUUCAUCAUUGGAGAGUCCCAAGCUGGAGAGCAGCCCACCCACACAGUGAUGCCUGGCCAGGUGAUGAGGGUGACGACGGGUGCACCCAUCCCGUGCGGGGCUGACGCCGUAGUCCAGGUGGAGGACACCGAGCUGCUCCGCGAGUCUGAAGAUGUAAUUCUGACUUCAGGUCUUUUUUUUAACAAUAAACAGGGCACGGAGGAGCUGGAGGUACGAAUCCUUGUACAGGCUCGUCCCGGCCAGGACAUCAGGCCCAUCGGUCAUGACAUUAAGCGUGGAGAGUGUGUGCUUGCAAAGGGCACCCACAUGGGCCCGUCUGAGAUCGGUCUCCUAGCCACUGUGGGAGUCACAGAGGUGGAGGUCCAGAAAUUCCCUGUGGUGGCUGUUAUGUCCACAGGAAACGAGUCGUUACAGCUGCUGAAUCCGGAAGACGACCUCCAUCCUGGGAAGAUCAGGGACAGCAAUCGCUCCACCCUGCUGGCUACUAUCCAGGAACACGGCUACCCCACCAUCAACCUGGGCAUCGUGGGAGACAACCCCGAUGACCUUCUCAACGCUCUGAAUGAAGGCAUCAGCCGUGCUGAUGUCAUCAUCACCUCAGGAGGAGUGUCUAUGGGAGAGAAGGACUACCUAAAACAGGUGCUGGAUAUUGAUCUCCAUGCUCAGAUCCAUUUUGGUCGUGUAUUCAUGAAACCAGGUCUCCCAACAACAUUUGCCACCUUGGACAUGGACGGUGCUCGCAAACUAAUCUUUGCCCUCCCAGGUAGAAACCCCGUGUCCGCUGUUGUCACCUGUAAUCUUUUUGUCAUCCCUGCCUUGAGGAAGAUGCAGGGCAUUUUGGACCCUAGGCCCACCAUCAUUAAAGCGAGGUUGUCAUGUGAUGUGAAAUUGGACCCUCGCCCUGAAUACCACCGCUGCAUUCUGACAUGGCAUCACCAGGAGCCUCUGCCGUGGGCACAGAGCACAGGGAACCAGGUGAGCAGCAGGCUGAUGAGCAUGCGCAGUGCUAACGGGCUCCUGAUGCUACCUCCCAAAACAGAGCAAUACGUGGAGCUGCACAAGGGCGAGGUGGUCGACGUCAUGGUCAUCGGCCGGCUAUGAUGUCACCACGGAGGGACGGAGCGUCGGCGUCAUAUAGCGAGGGUUGGAAUGGGUGGUUCACGGUGCAUGUCCACAUAUCAUUGACUAUUCUGUAAUAUGCAACGGCACAGCUAGUUUUUAUUGAUUUGGAUAACGUUGAGGUAUAGUCAACAUCUUGAUCACAACCUAGAUACAUAUGAAAGAAUUAAUUUAAAAAGAUUAUAGUAUUUCAAACAAAGAAAAUAUAACUUUUAAUGAAAAAAUCUAAUUAUAAAAAGAGAUUUAUUCUGUAAUAUAUUAUUAUGAUUAUUCUUAUUAUUAUUAUCAUUAUUCUUCUUAUUAUCAUUAUUAUAUUAAGGCAACUCUGUUCCUUUCAUUGCAAUUGCUUUGUGUGUUCAAUGCUAGACCUUAUCUAUAGCAGUAGCAUUUUAAUAGACAGCUGUAGGUGCCUGCCAGGACAAAAAAAAAAAAGAAAA